CCUUAUUUGAGUGGUAGCGCAACAAUCGAGCCAUCACUCUGACUCUCGCUCUCCGCCCACCACUUUGCUUUCUUUUCCUGCUCGAGCAGCUUCCAAGAUUCCAAGACUUCGUCCAAGUCUCCCACUUGCCCCAACGGCUUGUCCGAAAUCGCACCACGCCCCCCCAAACGCCAACUAGCAAACUAAAAUGGCAACAGUCCAGAACUUUGAGGCUCAGGACGAAUACACCCACUUCACUGCUUGUGAUGCCUGCCGUAGGCGCAAAAAGAAAUGCGACGGCCGGAUUGCCGGUUGUCAGCACUGCGCAGCCAAAGGCCUGCCCUGUGUCUACACGCCGAAGCGGAGCAAGACCACCACCGCCGCCCCGCGCCGAACAACCGAGAUCCUCACGCACCGUACCGAAGACCUUGACGAGCGUCUAUGUCGCAUCGAAGCUGCCGUCUACAAGAACCUGAAACUCGGCGGUCUGGCGCAAGAGAGCCUCAUUCGCCACCGACGCAACGAGAGCAGCAGUGCAAGCGGCGACAGUGAUGGCGAUGGCGACAGCGAGAACAAGUCCGAGCUAUUGGACGCCCGGAUCCUCCCCGCACCGAUGGCCGCGUCGGGCCUUCAGGAAGAAGCACUAUCUCCGACACCCCGAGCGGCUGCAGUGUCACCAGAAUCCUCGGCAUCGUCGCCCAGAUUUGAGGGCAGAGUCGGAAUGGUCACGCUUCCCAUAAGCAAUGUUUACAUCGGCGCGUCGAGCCCGUUCUCGUUUAUUUCCAAAUCGGGCAUGAACUGGAUCGACGCGAAGCUUGGAAAUACAUCUUUCUCAGCACUCUUGGAGCGGGCUCAGGCUGCCUGCUUAUCUUAUAGCGGCCCGGAGGGGUGUUCAUUCGGGCUGGGUAUUCCGUUAACGACGGCGUUGCAGAGGAGCUCCGGCUUCGUGGAGACGCCCGAGCUGCGAGCCAUGUAUAUCCAUGAGUACUUUACGCAUGUCAAUUCCGUCACUCCAUUAUUUUCCGAGCACCUCUUCACCAAUCCAACACCUGCGCACCUCCGCAAUCACCGCACAUGGUCCGCUAGUAAUACAAUCGUCCUUGCCUUGGGCGCGCAACAUCUCGCGAAAACAUUACCGUCGAGAUCUAUCCAUUAUGAUGCCGCAUUCCACUACUACAACCUCACCUCCCGUUCACUACCCGAAUUUCUCUUUUCCAACAUACCAUCCAUCCCUACGGUACAAGCUCUGGUGGGGAUGGCGCUAUACCUGCAAGAAGGCGACGACUCCAAGCCUAUGUUCGCGGUACUCGGCAUCGCGGCAUCAAUCGCGGCACAAUUGGGUCUCCACCGGGAUCCUCGUCGUCUCCGCAUCACCGACGAGUUGACGUGCGAAGAGCGUGUCAACGCGUGGUGGGUUCUUUUCUGCAUGGAUAAAGAGCUAUCAUUGCGCUCGGGCCAGAUGAGCAGCAUCGCCGAGCGCGAUGUCGACGUACCACUACCUCCGCCAAGUACCCGGUUCGGUCAACGCGUUGAGCUGACUUGGGUCAUGGCCCGCGUUCUCCGCCUGCUAUAUGCGGCUGCGCCGGCGCCACCACCCGUCGUCGAGGCGCUGCAGCUGGAGCUCGAUCAGUGGCUGCAGCGCUCCGAUGACGUCAGGCUUCCAUUGAGACAAGUACUGGAAGGGGUGGCAGCAGAGGGCGGGAGCUGGGAGGCCAUGGCGUGCCUGGUCCGCGUACGCUGGAACUACUUUUGCGCGCUGAUGUCGGUGUGCCGACUACCGUCCAGCAGCGACACCGAUGCCGAUGUCGGCAUCGGAAGCGAAUCGGAUGACGAUGGGUUGAAGCUGAAGCAAUGGGCGCGAUGCGAGGCGGCCGCGAUGAGGGAUAUGCUCGGGAGCCCGGACUUCGGGCCAGCGAGAUUGCCGAAUCGUGUUGGCCUGCUGAUUCUCACCGGGGCUACGUGGGUGCUGUUCUCCGGCCUGGUGUGCAAGCCUACGGAGGGCGAGCGCGAUAGGGAUAAUGGCGAGCGCGAAGGCGACGACGACGAGGGCGACGUCGAAUUGCUAAGGAGUAUCAGUAGAUGUGUACAGGAGGUGGAGUGGGCGCCGGAGCAGUGUCCGCAGAUGCGCGUGUUGUUUUCGGUGCUGGUCAGUGGCAUGGUCGAGUUGGUCGAUGGGUUUUUUUCGAGGGGGAGGGGGUAGAAUUUGUAUUUUGCGUGCGUGCAUUCGUUCUCGGAUCGACCGGUGGGCUGGUGGGCUGGUGGGGGGGCACAUAUAUAUGGAAUUGAAUACUGCUGCC